AUGUUCAUCCCCAAAUCUGGUGCUGAUGAGCUGAGGCUGGCGAAUGGAGGCAGCCCUUGUGCUGGGAGAGUGGAGGUUAAGCACAAGGAUGUGUGGGGAACAGUGUGUGAUAAGAACUGGAACAUGACAGGCUCAAAUUACACUAAAUUUCUCAGUCUGUUGAAUGGAGAGAGCCAGUGUGAUGGGCGAGUCGAGAUUUCCCUCAGUGGUGUGUGGGGCAGAGUCCUGGAUGAUCAGUGGAACAUGGAUGAUGCCACCGUGGUGUGCAGACAGCUCCAAUGUGGUGCUGCUGAAAAAGCCUAUCACCCACGGAAAUCUGAACGAGGAACAGGCCCUGUGGGGCUGAGAAGAGUCCAGUGUGCAGGAAAUGAGACUCAUUUAACACUCUGCAACACCACACUUCCUGAGACAGUGCAGGCAGGAAUCACUGAGGAUGUCGGAGUUGUUUGCUCAGGAAGCAGGCAAAUCAGACUGGUGAAUGGGGCAGGUCGCUGUGCUGGGAGAGUGGAGAUUUAUUACCAGGGCACCUGGGGGACCAUCUGUGAUGAUUCCUGGGACCUGGCUGACUCCAACGUGGUUUGCCAACAGCUGGAAUGUGGACACGCCAUCGAGGCAGCUGCCUCCGCUCAUUACGGGGAAGGCUCGGGACAGAUCUGGCUGGAUGAUGUGAACUGCUCUGGAAAUGAAUCCAAGCUCUGGGAGUGCCCUUCCAGGGGCUGGGGGCAGCACGACUGCAGACACAAGGAGGAUGCAGGAGUGCUCUGCUCAGAUUUCAUGGAUCUGAGGCUGGUAAAUGGUGGUGACUGUGCUGGGCGGCUGGAAGUUUUCUACAAUGGGACUUGGGGGAGUGUUUGCUCCAAUCUCAUGACUGCCAUCACAGCAGAUCUUGUAUGCAAGCAGCUGGGAUGUGGAAAUAGAGGAGAUUUUGCAAGAGACUUUGCAUAUGGAGAGGGUUCUGGCCCCACAUGGUUGGACCAUGUUGUCUGCCUUAACCAGCACAGCUCCCUGUGGCAGUGCCCAUCGGACCCUUGGGACCCACAGUCAUGUGAUAACCGAGCAGAAGAGACCCAUAUUAUAUGUUCAGGAAGAAAAGUGAACUCCACUCAGACCUUGCUAAACAAAUGCCCAAACUCCACAAGCUGCACAGACAAGGAGAAGCUCCGUGUUGUGGAAGGAAAGGACAGAUGCUCGGGGAGAGUGGAGGUUUGGCAUCACGGAUCCUGGGGAACAGUGUGUGAUGAUUCCUGGGACAUGGCAGAUGCUGAUGUUGUGUGCAAACAACUGGGCUGUGGAGUUGCUGUAUCUGCCCUGGGAAAGGCUGCAUUUGGGGAGGGAACUGGCCCCGUCUGGCUGGAAAAGGUGAAUUGCAAGGGAACAGAGUCGUCUCUGUGGGACUGUUGUGCUAAGCCCUGGGGAGACAGUAAAUGCUACCACAAGGAAGAUGCUGCUGUGAACUGCUCUGGUGUGACACAGACAACAGCAUCACCACUGAGAACAGGUAAAGCACACCCUCUGCCUCCCACUGAGGCUGAUGGUAGGAGAGACAUGGUGCUCAUUGUCAUCUGCAUUGUCCUGGGAGCUGUUCUGUGCCUGGUCUUAAUCAUUCUGGGGGGGCAGGUGCGAAGCGCCAGGGCACUGCACAGAGUGUCUAGAAGAUACUCCGACCCCUUCUCUGAGGCCGUGUAUGAGGAGAUUGAGUAUAACCAGAUGAGAAAGAAACUUGAAAUGCUUGGUCGUUCAGAGGACUCUGUGACAAAGCUGCAGUAUUACACUGGGGAUAGUGAGGAAGGAAAUGACCCUGGAUCAGUAAAAGAGGCUCUAUCCUUGACUGAAGCAGUUCCAGAAGAAGGUUAUGAUGAUGCUGGGGAAAUUUCCACCCCUGAAUAUUAUCCUGUUUCCAGCCAGAGUGAUCAGGCAGUAAUCACAAAUUCACAGGAAAGUGAUAAGUAUAGAGGAUCCCAGAAAGGUUGGAAUCUACACUCGCUAAGUAUAGGGACUGAUAGAGAUGACCCAUUCCUGCCUAAUGAAGACACAGGCUAUGAUGAUGUUGAUGCUGGCUCUAGGACUUUCAGUGGCUGA